AUCGGUUCCAUCUCAAAACGACGUGGUAGCGAAACUUAUCAUUGAAACGUCGUCGUUUGAUCUGGAGAUGAAAGCGGCCAUUUCUUCGUUGAUUAGCUUCAGAAAUUUCGAUCUCCACGAACCUUCCCUCUCCCGCUCUAUUUUCCGACAGCUCUCUCUUCUUCUACCGUCUCAGUUCCCGGUCGUAUCCACCGACGCCAAGGCCAACGGCGCCAAUUUUACCAGCCUGCACCAGAAGUUCCGUUUCCACUCUAUCAAGACCUCGCCGAUUAUGGCCUCAUCCUUCAAUCCCGAGCGAGCUACGUCUCCGCCUGCAGUUCCGCCGCCGGUACCUCCAGUCACCAAGUUUAAAAUCGGGCUAUGUCAAUUGAUGGCGACGCCUGAUAAGCAAAGGAAUAUUGAACAUGCUCGUAAGGCCAUUGAGGAGGCUGUGGAAAAGGGCGCCAAGCUUGUUGUCUUGCCGGAAAUAUGGAAUGUUCCUUAUUCACAGGAUACCGUAUCAGUUUAUGCCGAGGACAUUGAAGCCGGUGGUGAUGCCUCCCCUUCAACAGCAAUGUUAUCUGAAGUUUCGCGUCGUUUGAAAGUCACAAUAGUCGGCGGCUCAAUUGUAGAGCGCUCGGGGGAUAAAAUAUAUAAUACUUGUUGUGUUUUUGGCACUGACGGAAACAUGAAAGCUAAACACAGGAAGAUACAUCUUUUUGAUAUUGAUAUCCCUGGAAAAAUCACUUUUAUCGAGUCCAAGGCCAUCGCAGCAGGUCAAACACCUACUGUUGUGGACACAGAAGUUGGACGUAUUGGUAUUGGAAUCUGUUAUGACAUUCGUUUUCCAGAACUAGCCAUGAUAUAUGCUGCAAGAGGUGCUCACUUGAUUUGCUAUCCUGGGGCAUUUAACAUGACCACUGGACCAUUGCACUGGGAGUUAUUGCAGUGCGCAAGGGCUGUAGAUAAUCUGUUGUAUGUGGCAACAUGUUCACGUGCUCGAGAUGUUGAUGAUAGUUAUGUAGCUUGGGGCCACUCAACCCUUGUUGGACCGUUUGGGGAAGUGUUGGCUACAACUGAACAUGAUGAAGCAAUAAUCAUAUCUGAGAUUGAUUAUUCGCUUAUUGAGCUUCGAAGGACUAACCUACCACUUCUGAAGCAAAAACGUGGAGAUCUUUACCAGUUGGUAGAUGUUCAGAGGCUGAAAUCCGAAUGAAAGGCCAGGGUUUAAAUGACAGACAAUUCCUUGGGUUGAAUUGAAUGCAAAAGGAGAAACUUGACUAAAGUGAUGUUGAAUCUAACAAAUAACAGCUAAUGCAGGUGCUCAUCGAUUCCUUCAAUUUGAUUAAUAUGAACUCUGAUUAUCUUUGUCUGUUGAGACUAAUCUCUGUUUCAACAUAUCAACAAAAAGACUUUGCAAUCCUAGGGUGGCCCACUAAAGCGUAUGGAAACCCAAAGGGGAUGAGCAUCAUGGCCCUUGGAAUUUAGUAUUCACCUGGUUGUUUUCUAAACCUUUAUUCCUUGUUUUGUUUUCACUUUUAUAAUUAUCUUAUGUCAUGUUUGAUUUCAUUUGAUAUUUUGUUUUUGAAAAUGGUGCUUCUUUUCUCCCCAUUUCUUUACCAUUGUUUUCAUCUUUCUCAAGAAACCCUUUGAUU